AUGGCUGCCCGUGCCUGUGCUGCCUGCUGCUGUCUGUGCCUGUGCUGCCUGUUGCUGCCUGUGCUUGUGCUGCCUGUUGCUGCCCGUGCCUGUGCUGCCCGUUGCUGCCCGUUGCUGCCCGUUGCUGCCCGUGCCUGUACUGCCUGUUGCCGCCCGUUGCUGCGUGUGCCUGUGCUGCCCGUUGCUGCCCGUGCCUGUGCUGCCUGUUGCCGCCCGUUGCUGCCCGUGCCUGUGCCGCCCGUUGCCGCCCGUUGCUGCCCGUGCCUGUGCUGCCCGUUGCCGCCCGUUGCUGCCCGUGCCUGUGCUGCCUGUUGCCGCCCGUUGCUGCCCGUGCCUGUACUGCCUGUUGCUGCCUGUACUUGUGCUGUCUGUUGCUGCCCGUGCCUGUGCUGCCUGUUGCCGUCCGUUGCUGCCUGUGCCUGUGCUGCCCGUUGCUGCCUGUUGCUGCCCGUGCCUGUGCUGCUUGUUGCCGCUCGUUGCUGCCCGAGCCUGUGCUGCCUGUUGUUGCCCGUGCCUGUGCUGCCUGUUGCCGCCCGUUGCUGCCCGUGCCUGUGCUGCCUGUUGCUGCCCGUGCCUGUGCUGCCCGUUGCCGCCCGUUGCUGUCCGUGCCUGUGCUGCCCGUUGCUGCCCGUGCCUGUGCUGCCUGUUGCCGCCCGUUGCUGCCCGUGCCUGUGCUGCCUGUUGCCGCCCGUUGCUGCCCGUGCCUGUGCCGCCCGUUGCCGCCCGUUGCUGCCCGUGCCUAUGCUGCCCGUUGCCGCCCGUUGCUGCCCGUGCCUGUGCUGCCCGUUGCCGCCCGUUGCUGCCCGUGCCUGUGCUGCCCGUUGCUGCCAGUGCCUGUGCUGCCUGUUGCCGCCCGUUGCUGCCCGUGCCUGUGCUGCCUGUUGCCGCCCGUUGCUGCCCGUGCCUGUGCCGCCCGUUGCCGCCCGUUGCUGCCCGUUGCCGCCCGUUGCUGCCCGUGCCUGUGCUGCCUGUUGCCGCCCGUUGCUGAUCGUGCCUUUGCUGCCUGUUGCCGCCCUGCUUCUGCCUGCGCCUUCGUGCGCUCUGCUGCUGCCCGCGCCCUCGUGCGCCCUGCUGCUGCCCGCGCCCUUGUGCGCUCUGCUCUGCCUGCGCCCUCGUGCGCUCUGCUGCUGCCCGCGCCCUCGUGCGCCCUGCUGCUACCCGCGCCCUUGUGCGCUCUGCUCUGCCUGCGCCCUCGUGCGCUCUGCUGCUGCCCGCGCCCUCCCAUCAUUGCGAAAUUCGCCAGCCAUGGCAUCCGCCGUGCGGCUGUUGCGACAUCACUCUCGCGAAGCAGACUCCGCAAUUCGCCGAUUAACUUGUAGCUACACGUCUACUCGCGCCUAUGCCACAGGCGCCACACCCGCCUUCCCCCACACCCGCCGUCCGUUCCCCGCUCCAUCAGCGAUCGGCGCAACAUGCCCGCUUGCACCCGCCCCGCGCGCCGAUCCUCCCGCCUCUUCCGCUCAAGCUCCCCGGCGUCCGCUUCCUCCGCUUUCGUCAUCUCCGCAAUCCCCCCCGCAUUUCCACAAUUCCGCCAUGUCUUCUUCCACCGCGAGCGGGGCGGAAGAUCCGCGGAGAGCGCAGCUUUUGGGCAACACGCGGGGAACAGGGGGAGGUGGGGGAAACGGAAAAGGCGGAGGAUCAGGGGGAGCGCGCUGGGGGAACCACCACGGAGGGGCAUGGGCAGGUGCAGGGGGAGCAAUUUUUGCCGGAACGGCGGCAAUGGGGGUAGCUUGGGGGGAGGCGCGGAGCAGCAAAGGGGAAAGAGCAGAGGAGAAUGGGAAGAGAGGGGAAGGAGGAGGAGUAGGGGAAGAGGGGGAGGAGGAUGAAGGGGAGUUGGUGUCGAAUUGGAGUGGUACGCAUGAGGUUAGGGCCGCUGUGGUGUACCGACCAGAAUCCAUGCAGUGGAGCGGUACGCAUGAGGUUAGGGCCGCUGUGGUGUACCGACCAAGAGUCCAUGCAGGUGAUUUGAAAAGUGUAUGUUUGAUGCUGCCUCUUCCUGCCACCUCCGCCUCUUCCUCCCCCCUCCUCUGCCUCUCCUGCCCCCUCCUCUGCCUCUUCCUCCCCCCUCCUCUGCCUCUCCUGCCCCCUCCUCUGCCUCUUCCUCCCCCCUCCUCCGCCUCUUCCUCCCCCCUCCUCUGCCUCUCCCUGCCCCCUCCGCCUCUCCCUGCAGCCAUGAUUUCAACACACCUGCCCCGUUCCCUCUCGCAGGAUUUGGAGCGGAUCGUUCGAGAAGCCCAUGCAGAGGGCCGCCGCAUCCGCCCUGUGGGCAGCGCCAUCUCCCCCAACGGCAUUGCGCUGAGCGCCCAUGGCAUGGUCAAUCUGGCGCUCAUGGGGCGAGUGGUGUGUUUGGAUAAGAGCACCGGGAACCGGAGAGCAUUCAGACCAGCUGCUAACGCCAUCCCCCCCAACGGCAUCGCUCUGAGCGCGCACAGCAUGGUCAACCUGGCGCUCAUGGGCCGAGUGGACCUGGAGCGGAUCGUUCAGGCAGCCCACAGGGAGGGUCGCCCCAUCCGCCCUGUAGGAAGCGCCAUUUCCCCCAACGGCAUCGCUCUGAGCGCGCACGGCAUGGUCAAUCUAGCCUUGAUGGACCGAGUGGUGCAUGUGGAUAAGAGCACCGGGAGGGUGCGCGUGCAGGCAGGGGCGCGCGUGGAGCAGGUGGUGGAAGCUUUAAGGCCGUAUGGACUUACUCUGCAGAACUAUGCUUCGGUGCGGGAGCAGCAGAUAGGGGGGUUCAUACAGGUGGGGGCACAUGGCACAGGAGCUGCCAUUCCCCCAGUGGACGAGCAAGUGCUGGGCAUUCACCUCGUGGGAGCACAUGGCACAGGGGCCGCCAUUCCCCCAGUGGACGAGCAAGUGCUGGCCAUUAAGCUUGUGACACCUGGCAAGGGCACGCUGCACCUGACGCCCGAAGCUGACCCGGACCUGUUUUACCUGGCUCGGUGCGGGCUCGGAGCGCUAGGAGUGGUCGGGGAGGUGGAGUUGCAGGCAAUACCAGCGCAUAGACUGAGGGAGGAGACGUUUGUUACUACGAAGGAGGAGAUCAAGAGGCAUCAUGGCCAGUGGUUACGGGACUCCCAGCAUGUGCGGUACAUGUGGAUUCCACACACGCAGGCAGUCGUGGUGGUGAGGAGCAACCCUGUCACUAACGCCACCACGAGUGGGAGAUCAGCAGUGCAGGGCAAGGGACCCGCCAGUGAGCCGGCGAUGGGUGAGGAUGAGAAGCUGGCUCACGUGCGAGCGCUGUACCUCGCAUCCGUUGCUGCAAGGAGAAGUGUGAUGUCCGUCUAUGCACAUGAGAUACUGGGCUUUGACUGUGGUGGGCAGCAGUGGGUGUCAGAAGUAUGCUUCAAGGCAGGCGGUGGCAGCGGCACCACCACCAGCAGCACCGCCGCCGCCAGCAGCAGCAGCAACGCGGCAGACAUAGCUUAUAUGGAAGAGCUGUUGACGCUGAUCGAAUCAGAGGGCAUCCCCGCCCCUGCUCCCAUCGAGCAGCGCUGGACCAGCGGCAGUCGAAGCCCGAUGAGCCCCACUGCCGGUGCUUGUAACGCUGCUAAUGCUGCAACAGCUGCAGCAGGUUCGGCAGCAAGUUCGGCAGCAGGUUCGGCGGCCGAUGGAAGAGCGCUGGAUGAUGUGUACUCAUGGGUGGGCAUAAUCAUGUACCUGCCUUCCAAUGACCCUGACCAACGGGCAGCCAUCACCAAACAUUUCCUCGACUACAAGUUUUUGACUGCCCGAAGGCUGUGGGACAAAUACGGAGCACAUGAGCAUUGGGCAAAGAUUGAGAUCCCCGCUGAUCCUGCCACUCGUGAGUGGCUGGUGUCACGCGUUGCUCGCGAUUUCCCCGUGGCCAAGUUGAAUGAGUAUCGCCGGAAGCUGGAUCCCAAGAACGUGCUAGCCAAUGACAUGCUUGAUGUGCUGUUCCCUCGUUAA